UAUUGGCCGAUUGAGGUAAAGGACCUCAGACAUCGUAGAGAGACGUUCAGGGUUACUGAUACUGACAGCUUAGUUGACGCAAACAUUAUUUUUGUCAAGAUUCUCAUCGGCAUUUUUUUUCAACAAUGACAACUGCACCAGUAAGAAAUGUAGCCAUUGCUAUGGAUGGUAGUGAAUACGCAGAUUUUGCAUUUAAUUGGUAUAUGGAAAAUGUCCAUCGAGAGCAUGACCAUGUAAUUAUGGUUCACUGUCCUGAGUACCAUACUGUUGUACAGUCACCAAUGGUGAUGACUGAUAUUACUGUGGUUACCGAUCUUUUACAAGAAGAAGAAAAGAAGACAAAGGCAUUUCUAGAAGUUCUUGGUAAUAAAUUAAAACAUGCAGGUAUUGGGGGAAAAGUCAAAAGUGUUGGAGGAAAUGCUGGGGAAGUUGUAGUACGAGUAGCAGAUGAAGAAAAGGCUGAUCUUAUUGUUGUUGGUACUCGUGGUAUGGGUACAUUACGUCGCACAUUCGUAGGCAGUGUCAGUGAUUAUAUCAUGCAUCAUUCCCACGUACCAGUUCUAGUAUGUAGACAUAAAGAUCACCAUAAAGACCAUCAUGGUCAUCACAGUCAUCACCCUCUCAAACAUUAAAUAAUAAAUAACCACUGUGCAUUACAAAGAAUGGAAAUAUUAUAUUACAUUAUUAACCUUGAAUAAAUGUUCUUGAUGUCCUUGUUUUGUUAAAACAUUCUGAUGUCUAUUGAAAGUAAUGCCAGUUAUCUAUUAAAUUAUCAAUAUUAUAUGCACUGUAAUAACAAGAAAUUAAUACAAGCAAGAAAUUAAAUGCUACCUACCUAUUGCGAGUCCGAUAAAAUGAAGUAUACAAUAUUUACCUGUAAAUCAGUGGAAUUGUCAAACACUGCUCAAAAUAAUAAUAAUAUUCAAUGGUAAUUAAAUCUGAUGGGCUUAUUAAUGUCAUUGAUAAAAUAAAAGUGACGUAAUUAUCUAGUAAAUGGGGUCAAACUCAAUCUGAUGUUUUUUCAUUCGUUUUGUGCUCUAAGUUGUGUACUUAAAACAGCCAAUGAACAAAAGCUACUUGAAUCAAGCCAAGACAUGUGCACUGAUCUAUUUAUAAACAGAGCGUAAAAUGGAGCCAAGACCAUCCUUCCAAACCUUAUCCAUGCCCAGCAUCAGAUCAUUAUAUUGUGUAGAUCAAAAAAAACGAAACCGAAGGUAUCAUUUAUAUUAGAUUAUUUUAUCCAAUAUUUGAGAAAAAAGUAAGGUUAACUUUAAUGGUGCAUUAAUUUCUUGUAAUGGACUAUAAAUUGUAGUUGAAUGUUUUCAUCAUUAAUUAACUGUUAUUAUUGUAUUGUUAUUCAUUUAAAAGCAAUAAAUUACUAAUAAUAAAUAA